GUAGCCUGUUACUGCAACAUUUCCUCCUGCAUUCACGAUUUUAAAACCUUCUUCUCCCACUCGAUCCAUUGAACCUCUUUUAAUUCGGUUUCGUCUCUGCUCAGGUCUCUUUCAUUUCUUCCCUUCUUUCUCCUUUCUGGCGCUUCUUCUGGGAGGCAAAGCCACAGUUGAACAAUGGCGAAGGUCGUGGCCAUUUUGUUCUUCACCUUCGUUGUUCUUUGUCGUAUCAGCCACGUGAGAUCGGAUGCUUCAAAUCAUCGUUACAAAGAAGGAGAUAUUGUGCCCUUUUAUGUUGCAAAGGUUGGGCCAUAUAAGAAUCCCAGUGAAACAUAUGGUUAUUAUGAUCUCCCGUUCUGCAUGCCAGAUCGCGUGAAGGAAGAAAAGGGAGCUCUCAGUGAAGUCUUAAUUGGAGAUCGUUUAGUCAGUGCUCCUUAUCGGCUUGAAUUCCGAAUGAACAAAAAUUCUGAAGUACUCUGCAAAAAAACACUCAAGAAGGAAGAAGUGGCCAAGUUUCGAUCCAUUGUUCAGAAGGAUUACUACUUUGAAAUGCAUUAUGAUGGCUUACCUAUUUGGGGUUUCAUAGGAGAAGUUCGUCAGGAAGGACAUGAUCCAAGUGACAAUAAGUACUACAUGUACACACAUAUUCACUUUAGCAUCUUCUACAACGAGGAUCGUGUUAUUGAAAUCAUAGCACGUACAGAGCAUGAUUCUUUUGUGGACCUUACAGAUGAUAAUGAAGUAGAUGCGGAAUUUCUGUAUACUACAGAAUGGAUGCAUACUGACACUCCUUUUGAGAAGAGGAUGGACAAGUACCAUGAAUCUUCCUCAUGGCCCCAUUGGUUCUCAAUCUUAAAUUCAUGUGUGCCAAUUCUCCUUCUAACUGGGUUUCUUGCAACCAUUUUGAAGCGGGUCCUUCAGAAUGAUUUCAUCAAGUAUGUCCAUGAUCAGGAAUCUGCAAAGGACGAGGAAGAGACUGGUUGGAAGCGUCUUCAUGGAGAUGUAUUUAGGUUUCCCAAGUAUAAGUCUCUACUUGCAGCUGCACUUGGAUCUGGCACCCAACUGUUAGCUCUUAUAGUGUUCAUAUUCAUUUUGGCUUUUUUUGGCGUAUUCUAUCCAUACAAUCGAGGCGCUCUGGCCAAAGCACUUGCUAUGAUAUAUGUACUAACUUCAGUGUUUGCUGGCUAUACUGCAACCAGAUUUUAUUGUCAGCUAGAGGGAACAAAAUGGGUUAGUAAUCUGCUAUUGACUGGAUGUCUUUCUUGGGGACCUCUAUUUCUCACAUUUUGCUAUCUGAACAUUGUUGCAAUUGCUUACAAUGUUACUUCUGCCCUUCCAUUUGGUAAAGUUAUGGUGAUGGUUCUGAUAUGGACUCCUGUAACAUUGCCUUUGCUUGUGUUGGGUGGGAUUGCUGGGAAGAAGAACAAAGCAGAAUUCCAAGCUCCUUGCCACACAAGUAAAUAUCCUAGAGAGAUUCCCUCUUUGCCGUGGCAUCGCAGAGCGAUUUCUCAUAUUGCAAUGGCAGGGUUUUUGCCAUCUUGUGUUGUGUGCACUGAACUUUACUACACAUUUGCCUGUCUUUGGGGUUACAGGAUCUAUAGCUCCUACAGCAUUUUGUUCAUUGUCUUCAUCAUCCUCUUGAUUGUCACUGUGAUCACUACUAUGGCUUUGACAUACUUCCAGCUUGCUGCUGAGGAUUAUGAGUGGUGGUGGAGACCAUUUCUGUAUGGUGGAUCAGCAGGCAUAUAUAUUUGUGCCUAUUGUUUGUACUACUACUAUGCACGCUCUGAUAUGUCUGGAUUCUUGCAGAUCUCGUUUUUCUUUGGAUUCACGGCUUGUAUAUGCUAUGGUUUCUUUUUGAUGCUUGGAACUGUUGGAUUUUUCGCAGCUUUGCUCUUUGUUCGUCACAUUUAUGGAUCUAUCAAAUGUGAGUAGGAACUGAGAUACAAGAACACCUGAAAUAAGACUGUAUUUGGGUUUGGGUUUAUAUACAUGCAUACAUAUAUAUAACCAGUGUCUUCCCUUUUUAGGCACUGUGAAUAGAGAUUGAAGCUUUUUGCAUUGCAGAAUAUAUAUUUAUGUUGUACUGUGUAGAGAAACUUUUAAUUAGCAAUUUCAAAUGAGGCGUUUCAAUUGUUUUAGCUCAGGAUUUAUAGAAUAAUUAAACUUCAAAGUAUAUUGUGGACGAUCAAGUUUCUUGCUAGGUGUAGCAUUCACACCAAAUCGGUACUUGGGUUCCCUAAGCUUGAAAUGUACUGAGAUGGCCGUUCAACUUUCACUUCAUCCUGUAAGAGUCCUUUUUUAAUAAAAUAUAUUGUUGCUCACUAAAUGGUACUACCAAUGAUACAGAUGAAGAUCCAGGUAUGAUGUACUGUGAUUUCAUACAAAGACCUACACAAUUACUUAACAAUAUGUACGUACGUAUGUCUGUCUAAACAAUCAUUAUUGAUGGCAAUUAAGGGUUAUUUUGGCCAGAAACUUUGCACGCAAUUCAUAAAAUUUUAAAUAGUGCAAGUCAUUUUGUAUUCCGUGCAUAUAUACUGAGCUCAAUCUAGUUCAUGCACAUUUGUCUACACCAAAAGCUAAUUAACUAAUGUAAUUCAAAAAUAAUGAAAAGCAUAUAUAUUUAAUCCCAACCGCCUAAUUAGGUAAUUAUGUAUAAUGAAAGCCAUAGGUCAGCCUAAUUUUAUUAUAUCUAUAUUAAUUAUAUUAAUAUUGAUAUAUUUCUUAUAACCUAAUUUUAUUAUGAAACGUGGAUGAUUCAUG